ACUCGAGGCCGUGUCUGGAGUGAGUGGUGCAGCAAGAGAGAGAGAGAGAGAGAGAGAGAGAGAGAGAGAGUAUAUUUGUGUAAGGAGUAAGGAAGACAGUUGAAGCCAUAGAGGGAGGGAGAGAGAGGGAGAGGGAGGGGAGGAUAAGAGAGCGAGAGUGAAAAAGAGUGAAAAGAGGAGCAGAAGAGGGAGAGAAAGCGAGAAAGAGUGAGCAGAACGAACUGCAGGUUGUCCUGGACAAACCCUGACUGAGAUAAUGCACCCCAACUUCGCCGGCACUUGGAAGAUGAAGAGCAGUGAGAAUUUUGAUGAACUUCUUAAAGCACUGGGCGUAAACGCCAUGCUCCGGAAGGUGGCUGGGGCAGCCGCUGCCAAACCCCAUGUGGAGAUCCGACAGGACGGAGAGCAAUUCUACAUUAAGACCUCCACCACUGUGCGCACCACAGAGAUCAACUUCCACGUUGGAGAGGAGUUCGAUGAGGAGACUGUGGAUGGCAGGAAGUGUAAGAGUUUGGCCACAUGGGAGACGGACAAUAAGAUCUACUGCAAGCAGACACUGGUGGAUGGUGAUGGACCCAAGACAUUUUGGUCCAGGGAGCUGCGAGGGGAUGAACUCAUACUGAUAUUUGGAGCUGACGAUGUGGUGUGUACACGGAUCUACAUGCGAGAAUGAUGCCCCACACACCGGACAAGGUGGCAACAGAAAGUCAUAAAGCACUCAGUAGUCUAAAAGCCCCCUCUAUCUCUUCAAAUCCCCCAGAUUCAGUCAACAUGCAUCUUCUUCAGUGUGGUAUUGAAUUUGAUGUGCAUCUUAAUUUCAGCAUCUUUUAUCUGGUCAUUCAUGCAUGUCCAGUUAUGCCAUUGCGAUGGUUCUGUGAUAAAACCUUGGUGUAGUCAUGCCGCCUCCAUUCAAUGUUUUACUUUUGUGUAUUUUAUUGGUAUUGCAUUUACAAAACAGGAAUAAAAAUGGAACAAACGACUAA